AUGCAACUAGCCGUUAACGAAUCAUAUUCAACUCCAGCACGUGCUAUUGAUAUUCAACUACCAUUAGAUUUACCAACACAUGACCUAGGUAUAUUUCGUAUUGAUAUGGCUAAAUUUGUGCCAACUUGGGAUGAAGAUGAGCCGAAUGGAUCACCAUUAUUAAGACGUUUUGCCCGUUGGCUAAUGAAUAAAAAAAUAUGGGAUUUUCGUGAUUCAUUAAUAGAAUUCGAUACACUCGAACAAGCAUUUGCAUGGCGUUCGAAAAUGUUUGCUGCAUUACCAAUACCAAAUGUUGUUUAUACCGAUAUGUUAUCUGAUGAAGUUAUGACUCAAUUAGCUUUUGCUGGAUGUGCGUGCCAUUAUACUCAACGAGUUGAACAAGAAUGGCAACUUGGUCAUGGUAUACCAGAAGGUAAACUUUUAAAUGAUGCUGUUUACGUAAACGAUAUGACUGGCUUAUCAACUUUUUCUGUUCGAAAACCGUUUGAACGUUAUGGUGCUGCAGCCUAUUUUGAUAAAGAUUUUCAAAUUAUGGGCAUCUAUUGGUCUCAUGGUUCUUGUUUAGUUAAAAAAGGUGAUCAGUUUUGGGAUCAUGCAAAAUAUGUAUGGCGUUCAUCGUUCUUUGCAUAUAUUACAAUAGCUGACCAUCUAAUUGCUACACACAUGAUCGAAUGCAAUGCAUUUGUAAGUGCAUCACGUAAACAUUUACCAGCAAAUCAUCCAUUAAGAAUUUUUAUAAAGCCAUUUACUUAUCGUACUGUAUCAAUCAAUUAUCAAGCUGCAUUAUCAUUAGUUAGCAAGUGUGGUUUAGUACAUAGAAUAUGGGCAUUUGAUUAUGAUGAAUUUCUCAAAGUAUGUGAUUUUAUAUCGAUUCAUUAUAAAUUUCGUAUAUUACCAAAUUUUAUUUCUGAAUCAAUGCAUCCGAAUAAGAAUAAUCGAACGGAUGAUGAAUGGGACAAAAUUUAUCCUAUUUAUCAUGAUCUCAAUGCAUAUUGGAAUAUCAUACAAAAAUAUGUUAAUAAUUUUUUCACGAUCAAUUAUAAUUUAUCAGUCAAUAAUGAAAAUGAUCAUUUACCUAAUGAUGCAUAUAUUAUAAAUUUCAUUCAUGAAAUAUGCAAACAACUUGGCAUUUCAGGCAUUACGUCAUUACAACGUUUUAUUGAUGUGUUAUCACAAUUAAUUGCUGCUAGUACAGGCAUACACGAACAUGUUGGUCAAAUAAGUGCUUAUAUGACUGAUCCUCGAUUCAUUGGAGCUAAAUUACAAGAAGGCAAGGAAAUGCAAAAUAUUCAAACAUAUUCACAAAUAUUAGUUUUAUCAGUUAUUACUGGUUUACGUAUGCCUAGUAUCCUAGAAGAUUGGAGUCAUUUAAUAGAACGUAAUCGAUAUUAUUCGGAUAACUUACAUAAUUAUCAAACUUUUAAACGAGAACUACAAGAAUUAUCCAAAGAUAUUGACUCUCGUAACAAAAAUAUAAGAAAAUAUCCGUUUCAAUCGUUUAAUCCAAAAUAUAUUGAAUGUUCAACAUCAGUUUAA